AUGGCGGUGGCCGAGGACGCCUGGGGCGUGUCCACCCUCGCGGCCGAGACGGAGGUCCUGCGCGCGAGGUACGAGGAGCAGGCGGGGUCGGCCCGCCCCUCGGCGCGGCUGCAGUUCGAGUACGCGUGCCUGCUGGCCUGCUCCCCGCGGCGCGCGGAGGUUGCCGAGGGCGCCAGGCUCCUGGACGAGCUGCUGGAGGCCGGCUUCAGCCGCGAGGAGGUCCUGCACCGCUUGGCGCUGGCGCACCUGCGGCGCGGGCCCCAGGAUCCGCUGCUCGUGGGUCGCCGGGGCCGCGAGCUGCCCCGUCGAUUUUUCUCGGGCGGCCGCGCCGAGCACCCGCGGGCUGCGCGGGCGGCCUCGGCCCCCGAGGGCUUCGCCGUGCACCUGUUGAAACUGUGGGUCUGGCAGUCUUACGGCCAGGGACUGGCCAGAGGCUGGUGA